UUCAAUCCUCUCUCUCUCUACAUUGAUCGUUACGGGCUUUGUCAUGGCAACAACAACUCCACGCUCUCUAGAAGUCACCGUAAUCUCGGGUGAAGGCCUGCGAAUCGGCCGGAGAUGGCCACUGAAAAAGAAUUGUGUGUUUGUUGUCAUUCAGACAGAUUCUCAGACUGUCCGAAUGACGACAGACACAGAAAGCGGGACCCACCCUACCUGGAACGAAAAGCUUGUUGUGGACAUGCCUGUCAGCGGCAUGCAUUUUGUCACGGUGGAAGUCCAUUGCAAGACUUAUUAUUCAGGUGAUAAAAUCAUCGGAACGGCAAGAAUUCCUGUGACGGACUUCACCGGAGGGUACGUGCCGGAAAAUUGUUUGCAGUUUUUGAGUUAUCGGUUAUGGAACCGUCGCGGGGAGAAGAAUGGGAUAAUUAAUCUAUCGGUGAGAGUGAAGGUGCCGGAAACCGCCAUUAGCGGUGGCUCAUGUGCUGCCGUGGCUUCUUAUUCGCGGCGGUGGACGGGAGGUCCGGUGGCGGAGAAGGAUUUUGGUGGGAUUGUCACCGGAGUUCCGGUGAGGUAUAGGCAUUAGGUCAAAUUAGCAUAUGGUGUUGACGGAUGGUGGCGAGCAUGGUCUAAUAAAUACUAUGGAUUUACGAUGGUAAGCGUUUGUUUGGUUUAUGAAUUUA